CUCUCUCUCUCUCUCUCUCUCUCUCUCUCUCUUGCACUCAUUCCUCUGCAUUUUAUUUCCAUGCUGUUUCUUCCUGGGCUGCAGUGAAGGAGGAGCUGUAAGUGGAGAGUGGAGAGCUCACUGUCACAGAAUUCUUGCUUAGCCAUUGCCUGCUCACUUCUAAGCAAGACUAACAAGAGUUACGUUUUUUUUACAGUUUGUAAAUAUUUAAUUUUUACAAAGACUUACAGAGGAAAAGGAGAGAGAAAAGCAAACAGGAAGAGAGUUCAGAAAAGAAAGGACCUGGCAACAGACACUGCCACUGAAGGCUUUUGAAGAGAAGUUACUUUUUAUUUAGUUUUAUCUUUGAGCAGAUUUUUUUUGAUUUUUACAUUUUUUUCUUUCUACAUUUUUGGAUGCACAUUGAAAGAAGAUGGUGGCUGGAAUGUUAAUGCCAUUGGAGAAGUUGCGGGCCAUUUAUGAGCUGCUGUUUCGGGAUGGGGUUCUGGUGGCCAAGAAGGACAAGUGCCCGCAGAGCCUGCACCCAGAGGUCCCAGAGCUCACCAAUCUGCAGGUGAUGAGAGCGAUGGGCUCCCUCAAAUCCAGAGGCUACGUGCGCGAGACCUUCGCCUGGAGACACUUCUACUGGUACCUCACCAACGAGGGCAUCAUCUACCUCCGAGAUUACCUGCAUCUGCCGCCCGAGAUCGUCCCAUCGUCUCUUCAGAGGGUGCGCAGGCCAGCCUCCACCCUGGACGUGACCCGAAGGACAACGCGGGUCCAGACUGUAGAAGGCCCCACUUCUUAUGCUCCAAAACCAUCAUCCAGAGCUGGAGCGGAGGGUCUGGAUUCACUUAUGGAUCGACAGGGGUACCGGCGGAAGAAGGUGGCUGUGGAGGAAGAGGAGAUGAAGACCCAGAAGGUGUCUGCAGCAAGUGCUUUUCAUCCACCCUGCGAGCCCCACACAUCUAAACCAGCAUCUGCUGCUGAAGGAUCAGCCUCCUUCAUGGAUCGACAGAGUAGCCACAAGGAGAAGGUGGUGGUGGUACAGGAAACGCUUCAAACCAAGAAAGUUUCUGCAGGGAGAGGAUCACAGAAGGCCCCCAAGACCCACACCUCUAAACCAUCAGAAUGGGGAACAGAGGACCAGGUUUCCCUCAUGGAUCACCAGGGAGACCGUAAGGAGGUGACAGUCAUACAGGAAACAAUCACAGUUCACAGUUCUGUAGGAGCAAUCACCAAAAAGGCCUCAGCAGUGAGUGUAUCCCAGGAGGCCCCCAAGCUGCAUGCCAAUAAACAACCCUUGAGAGCCAACGCCAAAGCCCCAGCCCUUGUCUCUCAUCAGGAGACACUCAAGAAAGAGGUGAAAGUUCUAGAAGAAAAGAAUAAAGUUCAAAAGAGCUCCUUGAAAUAUUCCCGGAACACCCCUGAACCAUGCUUGGGAGCCGGUGUCCGGGAUCGUCAGGAGCCUCUUAAGAAGGAGGUGAAGGAAGCUGAGAAAAAAAUGAAAGUGCAGCAGGGUUCUUUGAAACAUGCUCCGCCACCUCCUGGGUCAGCUACCCCCAAAUCAUCUUCUGGAGCAGAUGCUGAGAGCCCAGCCUCUAUGUUGGAAGGUCAGGGACCACCUAUAAAGGAUGUGAAGGUAGAGGAGGAACAUAUUAAAACACAGAAGAGCUCAAUGAAAGCUUCUCAGCCACUCCCCAAGCUGGGCUCCCCUAAAUCAGCAAGCACUGAGGCCCCAGCCCCUGUCUUGGAUCAGGAGCCACUGAAGAAGGAGGUGAAGAUAGCAGAGGAAAACACUACAGUAGAGAAGAGCUCAGUGAAAGAGUGCCAGCCCAAGCCAGUUGCCCCAAAGACAUCAUUGGGAGCUGGCCCGAACUCCAUAUUGAUUAAAAAUGACAUGACGGUAGUGGAGGAGAACAUUCUGAUUCAGAAUGUUACAAUAGUGAAGAACAAAAAGCUGUUUACAAAGACUGAAACCCGGGAGACCACUGAACUGUACACUCUGAAGCCCAAAUCAGAGGCUCCAUCUGCCUCUACAGAGGAUCAGUGGUCCUGUGUGGAAAAGAUUCAGGUCCAAAAGGUCUCUGCAGUGAGUGAAACCCAACAGGCCCCAGAACCAUCAGGCCCCUCUAAACCAUCACUGGGAGCUGAACAGGCCUAUUCUAAACCAUCACUGGGAGCUGAACAGGCUGCCUCUAAACCAUCACUGGGAGCUGAACAGGCUGCCUCUAAACCAUCACUGGGAGCUGAACAGGCUGCCUCUAAACCAUCACUGGGAGCUGAACAGGCUGCCUCUAAACCAUCACUGGGAGCUGAACAGGCUGCCUCUAAACCAUUACUGGGAGCUGGUUCUGAGGUCCCGAGCUCCAUCUCGCAUCACCAGGAACAGGACUUGAUAGGAUUGGAGGAAGUACAAGAGAUGACUGGAAUGGGAGGAUCUGAAAUGAACCCAGAGCCUAUCACUGUGGAAGGUUUGUAAAGCUUAAAGCAUUACCGUUUUUCUCCUCACUGGCUGCGAUAUCCUUGCUGUUGCUAGGUUUGUGUUUGUGCUUGUAUGUAUAUGUUAUUUCCUAGCCAGGCAGCAUUUUAGUCCAUGAGUUUAUAAAAAAAUGUUUAUAAAAUGUUAAAAAUGUUUCUAAAAGUUUACUUAUGUUUCUAGGUUGUUUACUUUGUGUAGUUUAAGACAUAGCCAUUUCAUUUUCCAUACAGUAAUACAGAGUCACACUCAAUGCAUCACCAGAGGAUACUUAUCCAGCAUCCAUUUCAUUUUCCAUACAGUAAUACAGAGUCACACUCAAUGCAUCAUCCAAGAGAAUACUUAUCCAGUCUGGGUUCCCAGAAGCAACAACAUGCUGCUGCUUUUUCUGUUUGAGCUGGCAAAUUAAAAAGAGAACUGGAAUCAGAGAGUCAGCAAAAUUCAUUAAAGGAACUUACUGUCACUGGGAUGCUUCAGCCAGCAAAUUCAUUUAUUGCCAACUACCUACUGUGUCUUAGAGCCAGAAUACUCACUACAGGAAUGCCUGUACCAGGAACUUCAGCGACAAUGCAUUGUAUUACAGAUAGAUCAGGACUGAAUCCCAGUCAGUGUGUGUGAUCCCUUCCUAACAUAUGCAAAGACAGACAUGUUAAAGAAGUGUAAGACAAUCCACAACAUAAGGUCACGCUGCAUGUGACAUGGGCUGUCAAGGGUCCUCAAAACAUUGUGUAGACAGACACAUUUCAAUAAAAGUGCUGCUUCUGUGGAAAAUAUUUACAAAGACGUUUUCAAAUGCAGAGUGCUGUAAACCCUGAAAGGAAAUCAGAAUCAGCGAAUGAAUGAAUGAUGGAAUGAAUGAUUAACUUGGUAAGGAUUUCUGUGACUUGUGUGCUGUGCAAACAGGAAGCUUUGUGUCGGGCUCUGUGUUUCGUGAUUUCUGAUUUGCUUUAUUAAGGUCAGAUAAUAGGGUCUGUGUGCUGCCUCAAAGUCCUUGUGAUUCGCCAUCUCACAGAAAACAUCACACUGCUGUGCCCGUAUGUUAAUACACCAGGCUGCAGGGUAUUAACUCUAUAACCUACAGCUACGGAUAAACAUUUUGCAUCACCUACAAUUUUAGGAUUGAGACACAAAUAUAUAUAUUUGGGCUUCAGUGUAUUACAGGAAAAUAAUUUCAUUGGGUUUCUGUAA